UGUUUCCGGUCUCGCCCUCCUUCGGCGGCGGCGGCAGGGCCUGCGGGGCGAUGGCGGCUGUACGGGGCCUCCGUAUUUCGGUGAAGGCGACUGAGCCGGAGCCCAUGGAAGUGGAGGAGGGCGAGCUGUUGCUUCAGGCCGCAGCCCCCGCUACCACCUCGCCUCAGAUAGCUACGGCAUCAGCAGAGGAGUUACCCGUGCCUGUGGGGUGCUCGUUGAGGGAGCUGCUGCCGGAUACUAGCAGAAGAUAUGAAAACAAAGCUGGGAGCUUUAUCACUGGAAUAGAUGUGACUUCAAAGGAAGCUAUUGAGAAGAAGGAGCAGAGAGCAAAACGUUUUCAUUUUCGUGGAGAAAUCAAUCUUGCUCAAAGAAAUGUAACACUGGAUCGAGAUAUGAUGAAGAAAGCCAUUCCCAAAUUGCGACUAGAUACCAUAUAUAUUUAUGGUGUUGAUGAAAUGAGCACUCAGGAUAUUUUUGCCUAUUUCAAGGAAUAUCCCCCUGCUCACAUUGAGUGGCUGGAUGACACAUCUUGCAAUGUGGUUUGGCUUGAUGAAGUAACAGCGACGCGAGCACUCAUCAACAUGAGUUCUAUGCCUAGUGAGGCAAAAAUGAAACCCCAAGAAAACUGUAAGAAAAUAGAAGACUCCACAAAGAAAGAAAAACAAGAGGAAAGCUCAGAUGAUGAAACAGAAGAAGGUGAGGUAGAAGAUGAUCAUCCAAGUGAUACAGAGCUGGACACUUUAUCCCAAGUGGAAGAAGAUUCCCUUUUGCGUAACGACCUUCGUCCAGCCAGUAAGCUGGCCAAAGGCAACAAGCUCUUCAUGAGAUUUGCCACUAGAGAUGACAAGAAGGAGCUUGGGGCUGCCAGGAGAAGUCAGUAUUACAUGAAAUAUGGAAAUCCUAAUUAUGGAGGCAUGAAAGGCAUCUUGAGCAACUCAUGGAAGCGGAGGUAUCAUUCACGCCGACUUCACCGGGAUGUAAUUAAAAAAAGAACCCUCAUUGGGGAUGAUGUUGGUCUGACACCCCCUUAUAAACAUCAUCAUUCAGGAUUAGUAAAUGUUCCUGAAGAACCAAUUGAGGAAGAGGAGGAAGAGGACCAGGAUGAUGAUGAUCAAUAUAUGGAUGAGGAUGAUCGUGUAGUUGUGGAAUAUAGAGAUGAACUGCAAGCUUACAAGCAGUCUCGUGAACGGAGUGCUCGGCGUUCCAGUGCUAGCGAAUCUGAUUCUGAUGAAAUGGACUAUGAUCUUGAGUUGAAGAUGAUCUCUACUCCUUCCCCCAAGAAAAGCAUGAAAAUGACUAUGUAUGCAGAUGAAGUAGAGUCUCAGUUAAAGAGCAUUAGAAAUUCAAUGAGAGCAGACAGUGUCGCUUCCAGCAAUAUCAAGAAUCGUAUUGGAAGCAAAGGACCCUCAGAGAAAGUUACUGAUGUGAGACUGCUGUUGGAAGAAAAAAGACAUGGGAGCCCUGGCCUGCAUCAGCCCCUGAGCUCUGUGAAAUCAGAUGUCCGACAGAGGCUUGGCAAGAGGCCACAUUCACCAGAAGCACCUCAGCCCAGCAGUAUCUCUUCAUCUCACCGUGAGCCUAUGUCUGAUGUUCAUAGUCGUCUAGGAAUCCCCAGGCAAGAAGGGAAAGGCCUUUAUUCAGAUACCAGAGAGAAGAAAUCUGCAAAUCUACGGACACGUUUGGGAUCUGCAUCAAAGACACAGGAAAAAGUCCCAGAGAGAGCAGAAAAAUCACCAGCAUCACCAGAAGAUGACGACUCUGAGCUCCAGCGGGCAUGGGGGGCUCUCAUUAAAGAAAAAGAAGAGUCACGUCAGAAGAAAAGCCGACUUGAUAACUUGCCGUCACUGCAGAUUGAAAUUAGUCAAGAGAGCAGCUCAGGCUCGGACACAGAAUCAUGAUGGCUUUUAGUGCAUCCUUGGAGACUCUUCUAAUGGCUCCAAACUGACUUGUCUGGCCUGGGCCCAGGAGCCUUCCUCUGCCAAAGCAUCCAAUCCAUGUUUACAAGGAAUCUCUAAUAUGAGAUGUCCUUGCAUGGCAGAGGUGACUUUAACAGUGUGUGUGGGUGUGUGUGUGGGUGUGUGUUGUCCCCUUAGGAAGCAGUCAAGUUUUAUAGAAGACUUGUAUCUUUCCCUUAAGUUGGAAACAAGAUUCUGAUACUCCAAAAACGAUACAGAACUUUCUGGGUUGAUCAAUUUUGCCUUUCUGGUUUUUCUCUGGUUAGCCAUUAGGGCUGGCUCUGCUUCUGCUUCUCCCACUCCAGAAUGACCAUGAAUGUAAAUCCAAGAAAGACAAUGAAAAUCUUUUCUCUGUUAGUGUCAGCAGUUCCUGAAUGUGAUUCCAUUAGAAUUGGCUUUCUAUGUUGGAGAGAAAUUUCUUACCUAAAAUGAACAGAUGAGAAAUCCUAAAUGGCAUACUUUUUGUUCAUUAUGGAAAAAUAACUUAAAAAAUAAUAUCCAUGUGUAUAAUGCUCAGUGGGAAUAUUAAUUUAUGUAUGUGCGUGAGUACACACACAUGUACAGACAUAAACACACACAUAUCUAUUUGUGGCAGUUUUGUUGGUUACAGUAACAGCUACUAUUGUGAUUUUAUAUAUGCAGAAUGCAUUAUAUAUAUACUGUAUAUAUACAUAUAUAUAUAUGCACUAUAUAUAUAUAUAUAGUGUGUAUGUGCAUGCGCACGUUCAUCCACGUGUGCAUGUGUAUAAAAUAGAUUAAUGGAUCUCGGCAUAGUAUCCAAUAAAAGCCUAUGCAUAAGGCCUUUUGAGGUGAGCAGAAGUGAAGAUUAGUUUCUGGUGAAUCAUAGCCCUGUUACUGGAGGUGUGCAUAUGUUUUGUCAUUAUUGCUGUCAUGAUAUAGAUAUUUGUAGUAGGGUCUCCUCUGUAUCCCCUAAAUUGUAUUUUCUUUGAUGCUCUUACCUUGACGGGUAAGUGAUAAUUUUUAUCUGGGCAGCUUCCCAUAUCCCUGCUUCUUCCAAUGCAGGAAACAGGUGUUUUUUUUAAAGUUUCUGGCCAGUAAGACAUGUAGCAAACAUUCUUCCCAACCUGCUAGACUUCUGCAGGGAAUGUACCUCUCUAGUGCCAUAAUAUUUAAUACAUUUCUUGGGUCUUCCGUCUUUUCCUUUUGACAAAAUGGGAGCUCUCCCCAAUCUACUCCGCAACUUGGGGGUUUUGGAUCAUUAGUUUGGAGUUUUAUGACACAGAAGAGCAGUACAUGAUUUAGAAACUAUUUCCAUGAACAAACCUUGUAAGGAAGUUAAAAGGUCUUGAAGACUUUCCUGUUUUGUACUGAUUUUCAUUUGUUUAAAUGUGGAUUCUAAAGAUUAUAAAUGACAAAGUAAAUGUGAUGUUUGAUUAUGAA